AUGGAAACUGCAGAGCAACAUAGGAAAUUUGUUGCUGAGAUUGAUAAAAAAAUGAAAAAAUUAUCUCUGAAAAUUCACUCAGAUAAGGUAAAUGCUGGUGACGAUAAGCAAGCGGCCCUAAAUGCUUGCAGAUCACUAAUUAAAAAUGCCAGUGAAUUUUUUUUAGACUAUAUUCAUGCUGAUUUUAAAUAUGAACAUUACAAUAAAAUGAAAAUUAAUUCAUUGGGUGUGAUAAAUUUGCUAAAUGUCAGAUUUUUGGCGAAGCUGGGUCCAAUAUCGAGAAUAAAACAAGAAGAGAUAAUAACCUAUACACAUAAAUUUUUAAAGGCAAGUCGUAGUAGUCUGGAGCAGUUCAUAAAAAGCAGAUCUUGUGACGGUUAUAGUAGUGAUUGGGCGCAAUAUACGUUUGAACAACACAGGGACGACGCAUUGAAUUACUUAACAUCAUGCAUUGAAGGAUGUGAAAAAUUUGACAGCCAAUGUGAAGAGAUACUGGAAGAAUGUAGGCAAGAUGCCAAGUUGCAUGACCUUCUAUAUGACUCAAUAUUUGACAUGUCGUAUAAAAAUAAUAAGCAAUUGGAGCAAUUGUAUAAGUUGAAAGAAUUUGCUAACAAUGCCUUGCUAGGAACAAUAGGCAUUAUAGAGAUGAGAGAAAUGGAUGAAUAUAUGGCGCUGCCUUUUGCCAUGUAUGUCGGCGCUUUAGCAUUAUGCAGCAACGCACCUGAAGGCAAAAAAGAUGACGAUAUAUCCUGCAUAUGGUGGUUAGUAGAAAAACUUUUUUCCUGUGUUCCUGCUAACAUGCUUUUUAACGUGCCUUCUAUUUCUUUCUCUUCACCUUUUUUUUCACUGGAUGUAGGAAAGAAGGGGGAAAACUUAAAUAAAGUAUUAAUUAACUUAGCGUCUUAUCUUGAUGUGAGAAAAGAAAUAAGUGUUAGUAAAUUUUUUGAUGCCAUAGAAAUAAUCAGCAAUAAAUUAGCAGAAAAUUUCGAUCUUAAUCACUAUAGACCAAUCACUGUAGAAUUUUAUCUGGAAGAAUCACGCGAGCUUGCAGAGAGAAUAGAGAGAUUUACCAAAAAAGUAGCGGAAGAUUUAGCCCACGCUAGGAGAAUUCUACAGGAUCAAGAAAAGAUUAGGGAAGGUUUUGCAGAGGUUAGGGAAGGUUUCGCAGAGGUUAGGAACAAUCAAGCUGAGCUGAGGGGGGAAAUGCAAGACUUUAGGGCAAACUUUAGAGCAUGGGCAGAGCAAUUACAAAACCCUCAACCCCAACCAAGUGGUUCAUUAAUUGAUGCAAAACCAUCACGCCAUAAUAAGUCUAUGAGUAGAGAUUAA